AAAGCUUUGGAAAUAGGGAAAGCUGGGGACAUUGUCGUGCGCUUUCUUACUCAUACUUUUAUGUGCACACUAAUAUAACUGAUUCCGCAAUCAUUUUGACAACUUUAUUUACAAAUGACUUGUUUCACACUAAGAUCCAGCAGUACAAAUACAUAUAGUUCAAGGAUCUAUAAAUUUACCUGUCGAGAAAUACCCGUAAAACAGCUAACAACAGAGGGGUAGAAUAGAGGUGAUUGAAGACUAUCUUGGGAAAAGCUAUGGGACCCUUGCUCUUUGGGCUUCCAGUGCUGCAAAGGUUGUGACCAUUUAGGCGGUGUUUAGUAAAUAGUAUAAAAGCAAUUAUUUUACUAUUUAGUAAAUAGUAUAAAAGCAUUAUUAUUGUUUAAUGUUUUCUUUUACUAGUCAAAAUGCCUCGUCUCUAACCUCACAAUAGCAAUUGAGCCUUGACGGAGUCGCAAUGUUAUCUCUGGGAAAACAGAUAACCGUGUACUUGGAGCACUGAAAUCCGGACCGAAAGGAAUCACUGCUUCGAUACCCGUGUGGUGCAGCAAAAUUUUCCCCCAGAAGACCCAUAUGUCGGAAGUGAAAAUGGAAGGCAGCGAGGGUUAAGUAGACAAGUGUUUGUGGUUUAUCCACUGUCAAUUUAUUUUAUACUGACUUCGAUGGGUGGUGUAGGAGGCGGGUAGCGAGGGGUUUAGGAGUUAAAAAGGUGCGGGGGAGUAACUCUCGCUUCUUCCGCCCAGAAACGAAAAUCAGUGCAAGAUGGCGGCGCCCAUGUCUGCCGGCGAGCAGACGUGAUUGCAACUCGAAGAAUUAAACAAAAUACCAAACUGAAUUGGGCCAUCUUUCCAGAGGUGUUGUAUGGUUUACUUAUAGUCAAGUGUGGAAUAUAGCACAUUGUCAAAAUGGCUAUGUCUUCCUCAAUGUUCUGCAUGUACAAAGAGAUCCAUCCAGCCACUGCCAUAGAGCACAGUAUUCAGUGCAAUUUCUUUAAUCUGUGGGAGACAAAUCUUGUUAUUGCUGGAGCCAACCAACUUCAUGUUUACAGACUUAACUCUGAGCCUGAUACUUCAGGAAAAGACUUAGAAAAGACAGGUGUUGAUGGACCAAAAAUGCGGCUGGAGUGUUUGAAAUCAUUCUCCCUCUUUGGCAACAUUAUGUCCAUGCAGUCAGUGAAACUGGCAGGUGCACAGCGAGAUAUUCUUCUUCUCAGCUUCUGGGAUGCUAAGCUUUCUGUGGUGGAGUAUGACCCAUCUACACAUGAUCUUAAGACAUCAUCUUUGCAUCAGUUUGAGGAACCAGACUUGAGAGAGGGUUUUUCUUUUAACAACCACAUACCCCUUGUCCGUGUUGACCCUGAUGGGCGGUGUGCAGCCAUGUUGAUAUAUGGUCGUCAUCUAGUCAUCCUGCCUUUUCGGAAAGAAGUGUUAGCAGAAGAUUAUGAUGGAGGUGGAAGCAGCACAAAAUCUCCAGUCAUGUCAUCAUACAUCAUCGACCUGGGCAAGUUGGAUGAGAAGAUCAUCAAGGUUCUAGAUGUGCAGUUCAUGCAUGGCUACUAUGAACCUACCAUCUUCAUCUUGUUUGAACCUCUGCCAACAUGGUCCGGACGUGUGGCAGUUCGAGCAGACACCUGCAGUAUAGUUGCAAUCUCCAUCAACAUCCAGCAGAAAGUGCAUCCUGUUAUCUGGUCCCAGAGUAAUCUCCCUUUUGACUGCUCAAUGGCCUUACCUCUGCCUAAGCCUAUUGGUGGAGUUCUUGUUUUUGCUGACAACUCUUUGAUGUAUUUGAAUCAAAGUGUGCCACCUUAUGGUGUGUCUCUCAACAGCUUAGCAGAACAGUACUCAGCCUUCCCACUGCGCCCCCAGGAGAAUGUGAAGAUCACCCUUGACUGUGUUCGUGUGGCUCUGAUUGAUUCUGACAGAUGUGUCUUGUCUCUGAAAGGAGGGGAACUAUAUGUACUGACUCUGGUUGUGGAUGGAAUGCGUUCUGUCCGAGGAUUUCAUUUUGACAAGGCUGCCUCUAGUGUACUGACUACUUGUAUGUGUGUCAUUCCCAAUGGCUACCUUUUCCUUGGCUCACGGCUGGGUAACUCCUUGCUUCUUCGCUACCAGGAGAAAGCAUCAGGGAUGGUGCUGCAGCCAGAUGCUGACCGCCGCCUCCAUGAGCCUCCAACGAAAAGACGACGGGUAGAGGGCUUGGAGCAGUUGGCCUCUGAUGUCAGCGAGAUUGAGAAUCUGGAUGAGCUUGAAGUCUACGGUGACAGUGACAAGAAUGCAGGGACUACUCUGACAUCCUAUGUUUUUGAGGUUUGUGACACUAUCUGGAACAUUGCCCCAUGUACUAACAUGGCAAUGGGAGAACCUGCAUUUCUGUCAGAAGAAUAUUCCAAUGACCUGGACCCUGACCUAGAACUGGUCACAACCUCAGGAUAUGGCAAAAAUGGAGCCAUUUCUGUGUUGCAGCGCAGCAUACGCCCCCAGGUGGUUACAACCUUCCAGCUGCUUGGCUGCUAUGAUAUGUGGACGGUGUACAGCUCGUCAGCAGAGGAGGAGAAGUCAGGAUCCCCCACGGAUGAAAAAGGGGAGGAAAAGAAAAGUGGAGAUGAAGUUCCAGAGCCCUCCAUCACAGGUGGCCAUGCUUUCCUCAUUCUCAGUCGCAACGAUUCCAGCAUGGUCCUUCAGACUGGCCAGGAAAUUAAUGAACUGGAUCACAGUGGCUUUUCUACCACAACGCGCACGCUGCAUGUGGCCAAUCUUGGUGGCCGUAAAUACAUCCUCCAGGUGUCACCCACCACCAUUCGCCUCCUGGAGGGAGUCAAUCAGCUGCAGCAUAUUCCUAUUGACAUUGGCUCACCCAUUCAGCGCUGCUCCGUGGCCGACCCUUACAUCAUGUUGAUGGCGGAACAGGGGCAGGUAGUCAUGCUAACGCUUAAGCAGAGUGACAGCUACAGCUCAGGGGUGCGGCUGAACGUUAUUAAACCUCCUAUUGCACAGAGCCCCAAAAUUGUUGAGGUGUGCACUUACAAAGAUGUGAGUGGAAUGUUUACAACAGCAUCCAUUCAUACCAAUGACACCAGCAUCUCGCCUGAGAAGGUACCUAAACCAGUAGAGAAGGUAGCCGUCCUGGAUGAAAUCAAUGCGGAUGAUGAAGAUGAGAUGUUAUAUGGGGAAUCGGACACUUCAGUUUUUGCUUCAUCUUUUACAAGCACAAUCCUUACUCCACAGCCACCAGAAAUAAAGACACAGGUGAAUCAGGUAGAACCAACAUACUGGGGACUUGUGGCUCGAGAAAAUGGUGUGUUAGAGAUUUACAGCCUUCCUGACUUCACACUGUGUUACUAUGUCAAGAAUUUCCCCAUGGGGCAAAAAGUGCUUGUGGACAGCAAGCAGUCCUCUGGCACUCAAAGUGUAGGGCCCAGUGCCAGCUCCAGCAGCACAACGUCCACUGGCAGCGGCAGCAGCAGUGGACUUGUAGGAGGGGACAAGGCCACAGCCAGUGAGAUGCCUGUUGUGAAAGAAAUUCUGGUGGUCGGCAUGGGUCUCAACAACAGUCAUCCUUAUCUAAUGGCUCGUGUUGAUAAGGAUUUGCUCAUCUAUGAAGCUUUUCCCUUCCAGUCAUCUGAUUCCAAUCCUUCUGAAAACCGUUUGAAGGUUCGAUUCAAGAAAUAUGACCAUGGCUUGAUUCUGAAUGAGACCUGGGGCCAGGUACCAAACAAGGGAGAACAGACAGAAGUCAAUGAGGUGGAGGGGCCAGCUUUAGACUCCACUCAGUGGUUGCGGACUUUCAACAAUGUUUCGGGCUACUCUGGUGUGUUUGUUUGUGGACCCCGUCCGUACUGGGUUUUUAUGACAUCCAAGGGUUCUCUGCGUAUACAUCCAAUGGACAUAGAUGGCUGGGUUAGCAGUUUUGCCCCUUUCCACAAUGUCAACUGCCCAAAUGGCUUUCUUUACUUCAACAAACAGAAUGAGCUUCGAAUAUGUGUGUUGCCUACGCAUGUGACAUAUGAUGCCCCUUGGCCUAUCAGAAAAGUGCCUCUGCGAUGUACACCUUAUUUUGUGUCAUACAACCCAGAUAGCAAGCUGUAUGCUGUUGCUAUCAGCACACCUGAGCCACUUAACAAGAUCCCCAAAACACACUCAGAAGAUCGUUUGUGGGAGUAUGUGACAAGAGAUGAGAGAUUCAUUUUUCCCAACAUAGACAUAUACUCUGUACAGUUGUUUACACCUAGCACAUGGGAGUUGAUUCCCAAUGCCAGUUACCAGUGUGAGGAGUGGGAGCGUAUCACAACACUCAAGAAUGUACAGCUGCAGUCUGAAGGUACGCUGUCAGGACUCAAGAGCUACAUUGCCAUUGGCACCACCUACUGCAUGGGAGAAGAGGUUGUUGCCAGAGGCAGGGUUAUCAUCCUGGAUAUCAUUGAAGUAGUGCCGGAGCCAGGCCAACCACUCACCAAGACCAAGAUGAAGGUGGUUUAUGACAAAGAACAGAAAGGACCAGUUUCUGCUCUGGCACAUGUCAAUGGAUUUCUCCUGACUGCUAUCGGACAGAAGCUGUACAUCUGGCAGCUGAAAGACAAUGAUCUGAGUGGUGUGGCCUUCAUUGACACUCACAUCUACAUCCACUCACUGGUCACCAUCAAGAAUCUUAUUCUGGCUGGAGAUAUUCUCAAAUCCAUAACCCUCUACCGCUACCAGACCAACUUAAAAGUUUUAUCCCUUGUCAGCCGGGAUCACAAACCUCUGGAGGUGUACACACAGGAAUUUCUGGUGGACAAUAAUCAGCUGUGUUUCUUGGCAUCAGACAGAAACAAGAAUCUGAUUGUGUAUUCAUACACACCAGAAGCAAGGGAAAGCCAUGGAGGCCAGCGCUUACUGCGUAAAGCCGACUUCAACCCCGGGUCUCACAUCAACACCAUGUUUCGUGUGCGCUGCCGCCUGUGGGACGCCACCACAAAGAAGAGAUAUGGCGAGCAGAUGGAGAAGCGCCACAUCACCUAUUUUGGCACCCUGGAUGGCGGAAUAGGGUAUCUGAUGCCCAUUCCAGAAAAGGUGUAUCGCAGACUGCUUAUGUUACAGAAUGCACUGGUCACCCAUCUUCCUCACACAGCCGGCCUCAACCCUAAAGCCUUCAGAACCGUCAAGCACCCAGUACAGGGCUUGGCCAACCCUCACCGCCUGAUCCUGGACGGCGAGCUCAUCUGGAAGUACCUGUACCUGUCCAUGAACGAGAAGAUGGAGCUGGCACGUCGCAUGGGCACAGCAGUAGAACAGAUUGUAGAUGAUCUGAUGGAGAUCGACAGAGUCACCGCUUAUUUCUGAGUCUGUCGCUGUCUUGUGUGCCUCAUCGCCGAGAAGGGAUGACGUGUCAGCAAGAACUUUGACAGAACUGUGCGAGGAUUUUUGACUGGUGUAUGCAAGGAAUUUGACCCCCGUGUGCAAGAUGUGUGCUCGGAGUAUUUUGACACUUGUGUGCAAGAUUGGUUUUCGUGCAGUCACUUUGUGAGAAAUCGGUGGUUUAUGGAAAUAGUACAUCGUAGACAUGAGCUGUCAUUCCAGGAAACGAUAUUGUUAACCGUUUCAGUCCUGUACAAAUUUAAGGAAGAUGUUAUGUCGGUUUGUUUUUUUUUUUCAUUCUCUCUUCAUUGAAAGAGAAGUUGUUUGAUGUUUGUGUCAUAAAUCGUAGUUAUGACUUUGACCUUUCAUACCUGAGCGUAUUCAUCAUUUCAUGAAAUCUAUUGUUGAAAGCUUGUACAAGUAAAUAUCGCGAUAAAAAAAUCUUACAACUUGAA